AUGCCUGCCAACAAAGCCAAUGACAGCGAGCACGCCCGUCUGCAGAACGACUACGGCGCUGAUUACUGGGUUCGCCAAUCUGCUCAACAACAUCGCCGCGCAACCGCCGGCCGUGGCCUCUUCGCCGGGUUACAAGAUGUGAAGCACUACAACGUCGAAUCUGGCUGGGCGGCUCGCCGCCCCGGCGAGCAGCCCGGUUUCCUAGCAUCGCUCUGGACUCGACUCACCGGUGCUUGA